UGUGUGCUGUGUGCGGUGCGGUGCACGCCGCCGAAAAUAUGUGCGAGGUGGGGAGAAGCUGAGGAGGGGGCUUGUGUUUGACAGAGAAGAGUUAUAUUAUUAUUUUUAAAAAAUUAUUAUUUCACUUGCAAAAGGAGACCGAGUUACAUCCAAAUCGCAGCCGGCUAGUUGCAAAACUAGGAAAAUUGGACAUGGCUGGGUGGUUUUUUUUGUGUGUGUGUGUGUGUGUGGUUUUUUUGGGGGUGGGGGGGGAGGUAGAGAAGGCAUGCAGUGAGGGGAGGGGGCUGUAACCGUGAAGAGGAGAGAAUGAAUGUGGCCCCCUUCUCGCUCAGUCACUGAAAAGUCUUUUACGAGGAUCAGACACGGUUUUCUGCAAGAUGCGAGGGAGAAUGGAGGGGCUUCGCAGGCUGGUGUUUUGGUACUUGGUGGUCUGGAUUGGGGGACCCCCCUCAACUUCCGCGCUGCACUAUCGGUACCUCUGGAAGAACUGCCUCCCAUGCUACAGGGGGCAGGCGGGGUACGGCGGGGGACGCUCGGAGAGCAGGCCAGAGGUUGACGAGUGCCAAACUCACAAUGGGGGCUGCCAGCACAGAUGUGUCAACACCCAGGGGAGCUACCACUGCGAGUGCAAGCCAAGCUUUCGUCUGCACGCGGACGGCCGGACGUGCCUGCCUGGCAACCCCUGUGCCAUCAACAACGGAGGGUGUGAGCACGAUUGCGUGCAGCUGAGCUUCUCACAUCACCGAUGCCAAUGCCGACCGAAUUACCAGCUGAAAGAGGACGGCAAACACUGCGUGGUGAAGAACCCAUGCGCCACCCACAACGGAGCCUGCACGCACAAAUGCCACAAUCACAACGGGGUGGCGCGUUGCGAAUGCCACCCUGGCUACCGACUGGGGCCGGAUCGCAAAACCUGCCAAGAUAUAGACGAAUGUGUGACCGGUGUGGCCUUGUGUGCGCACCAGUGUCUGAACACUCACGGCUCCUUUAAAUGCCUGUGCAACAUGGGCUACGAACUCGGGUCGGAGGGCAAACAGUGUUACCGAAUAGAGAUGGAAAUUGUGAAUAGCUGUGAAACCGGCAACGGAGGCUGUUCCCACUUGUGCCAGCACACCAGCGCCGGCCCGGCCUGCAGCUGCAAUUUCGGAUACAGCUUGGAUGAAGACCAAAAAACCUGCAUUGAUACCGACGAAUGCCACGCUGGGUCUCACUGCUGCCAACAAGGGUGUUACAAUUACCCCGGAGGUUACGAGUGUGUUUGCUACGCCGGCUAUCAGCUCAACCCCGCGGGUUGCGGUUGCGACGAUCUAGACGAGUGUUUGGCGAAUAAUGGGGGCUGCGAACAUUUUUGUGAGAACCUGGUGGGUUCCUUUCUCUGCAGCUGCCGGAUCGGGUUCAAGUUAGAUGAAGAUCGCAGAAGCUGCCUUUACCUCGAGGAGCCCACGGAGGCCGUGGAUGGACGGCGACCUGUUAUCCGUCCCCUCCCCCACGUGGCUCUUUUCCACGAUGGGCUCACCCAGUUUUUGGAUGAAGAAUAUGAGGAUGAAGAAGCGGAGAGGGCUGAGGCCAGAGGACAACACACCGUCUCGGAGAAGUUCAUCUGCCUGAAUGACACCUUCGGCCCCGACUGCAGCCUGUCCUGCGAGGGAUGCCAGAACGGCGGCUGGUGCAACCAGAACCAGACCGGCUGCGUCUGUCCAGACGGCUGGAGGGGGGUUUUGUGCGACCAAACCUGCCCCAAUGGGACUUUUGGGAAGAACUGCAGCUCUCUCUGCGACUGCCAAAACGGAGGCAGCUGUGAUCCGGUGACGGGGGUCUGCCACUGUCCCCCUGAAGCCGGCGGAGACCGGUGCGAAGAUGUUUGUCCCAGAGGGUUUUUCGGAAAACAUUGCCGGAAAAAAUGCCACUGUGCCAACCGGGGACGAUGCCACCGGGUUUUCGGCACCUGUCUCUGCGAUCCGGGACGCUACGGGCGUUUCUGUCACCUAGCUUGCCCGAAGUGGGCGUACGGGAUCGGCUGUUCGGGAGAGUGCCGUUGCGUGCAAGCCAACACGCAACACUGCGACAAACGUGAUGGAACUUGCGUGUGCAAGCCCGGGCAUCACGGGGAAAAGUGCCAAGAGACGUGUGACCCGGGCCGUUUCGGACCAGGCUGCAGGCAGAAGUGUGGUUGUCCCUCUGGCGUGACCUGUGACCACGUGAGCGGAGAGUGUCGCUCGCAGUGUCCCCAGGGCUAUUACGGAGAGAAGUGCCAGCAAGAAUGCCCCGAAGGGAAAUUUGGAGCGAAUUGUCUUCAUUCCUGUUCGUGUAACGGUUCGCCUUGCAGUCGGAUCACUGGGGAAUGUCAUUGCGUAACUGGGAGGACUGGGAAGUCCUGCGGCCAAGAAUGUCCUGAGGGCUACUGGGGAGACGGGUGCCAGCGGCUGUGUCUGGAAUGCCAGAAUAACGGCCGUUGUGACCCCGUCACCGGUGUGUGCUUGUGUCCUUCGGGAUACACAGGGAGAUGUUGCCAAGAAGUCUGCCCACCUGGCUGGUUUGGGCAAGGAUGCCAAGGCCAGUGCAGCUGUGACAACGAAGGGGACUGCGACCCCCAAACGGGGAAGUGCCGCUGUGCCCCGGGGUGGACGGGCUCCCGCUGCCAUAGAGCCUGCGAGGCCGGCUACUGGGGUCCGGAUUGCACCCAUCUCUGCAACUGUUCGGGGGCCGAAGGCGGCUGCAGUGCAGUGACCGGGCAGUGCCUGUGCGAAGCCGGCUAUGUCGGCCUGCGCUGCGAUCAGAAGUGCCCCGAAGGCUGGUUUGGUCCCAACUGCCGCCAGCGAUGCCAGUGCCGCCACCAAGGAGCCUGUGACCAUGUCAGCGGCGCCUGCACCUGCCCGCCAGGCUGGAGAGGCGCAUUUUGCGAGCGGGCUUGCCCCGACGGCUUCUUCGGGAUGGACUGCCAGCACGCCUGCCGCUGCCUCAACGGAGCCCGUUGUGAUCCCGCGACGGGCCUCUGCCGCUGCGCCGCGGGCUGGAUCGGGCCACACUGCAACCAGACUUGCCCAGCUCAUCGCUACGGCGAGAACUGCACCCAGGAGUGCCCCUGUGCCAACGGAGCCACGUGCCAUCCUGUCACGGGGCGAUGCCUCUGCGCACCAGGGUGGGUUGGCGCCGCGUGCCAGCAAGGGUGUCCGCCAGGAUUUUACGGAUCCGGCUGCCGGCAGGAAUGUCUAUGUCAACACGGAGGAAUCUGUGAUCCGGUUUCUGGCCGCUGCAUCUGUCCGGAAGGGCGGAUGGGAGUGGCUUGUGAGCUGGAGUGCGUCGAAGGAAAAUAUGGGCCGGGGUGUCAAGAAAGUUGCGAUUGUGUUAAUGGAGGCCGGUGUGACCAGAAGAAUGGACGCUGCGUUUGCCUUGAUGGUUGGACCGGUGAAAAGUGCCAGAAACCCUGCCCCGAAGGAACAUACGGGAAAAGCUGCCAGGACGCGUGUGAUUGUGAACAUGGGGUCUCGUGCGACCAUAUCACGGGCGCUUGUGAUUGUCCGCCUGGGUGGCGGGGAAUCCGUUGCGGGAAAGCUUGCCUGCCCGGUUCGUUUGGGAAGGACUGCACCACGAAGUGUGAUUGUCCCACGGGCUCUCCUUGCAACCACAUCACCGGCCAGUGUGGCUGUCCGCCCGGGUUCACGGGCCACGGGUGUGAACGGCCCUGCCCGCCUGGCACCUUCGGACCAGGGUGCGCAGACAUUUGCCAGUGCGCCGGUGCGAAUCACGACUGCCACCCGGUGAGUGGGAGGUGCCUCUGCGCCCCGGGAUACCACGGCAGCGGCUGCAAGCAGGAGUGUCCGUCGGGACGCUACGGGCCGAAUUGCGAGAGGUUGUGUCAGUGUAAGAAUGGCGGUCGUUGUGCAGCCGCAACGGGGGCGUGCCAGUGUCCAGCUGGAUAUAUCGGCGCCGAUUGUAACAUAGCUUGUCCGAGGGGACGUUACGGGACCGACUGUGCCCUUCCCUGUCCGUGUGGCGAAAAUGUCCCUUGUCACCCGGUGUCCGGUUUUUGCCUUUGUCCGCCGGGCAAGUCUGGUCCCAGAUGCGAAAACGGCUGCCCCGCCAAUCGUUACGGGUUCAACUGUAGCCAGACCUGCACUUGUCAGAAUGGGGCCAUUUGCCUGCCAGAAGACGGAUCCUGCCUUUGUGGGCUCGGCUGGACCGGGAUCUGGUGCGAAAAAGGGUGCCCUCCGGGAAAAUACGGGGCCAACUGUCAGUUGAACUGCACUUGCCAAAGCAAUGGGAUUUGCGAUCCGGUGGCUGGGAUCUGUCGGUGCGGGAAAGGCCGUUACGGGAACCGAUGCGAACACGCCUGCCCGGCUGGAUUCCACGGGAUCGCCUGUCAAGAGCGAUGCGGCUGUCAAAACGGCGCCUCGUGCGAUCCGGUUUCCGGGGAGUGUCGUUGCUGUCCGGGGUUUCACGGCCGUUACUGCGAAAAAGGCUGCGACGCAGGGAAAUACGGGGAAAAAUGCCAACGGGUGUGUGAUUGCGAAGGCCAAGCCCCGUGCGAGCCCUCCACCGGCCAUUGUCUCUGCCCUCCGGGGAAAACGGGUGCCAGGUGUGACCUUGGUUGCCAGCUUGGAAAAUUUGGUCCGGAUUGUUCUCAGAGUUGUAAAUGCUCCGCGGCGAACGCCUUUUGUGAUGCCCAGAAUGGACAGUGUGUGUGCCUUCACGGAUACGUGGGAACAACGUGUCGGGAAGGUGGCCCACCUCAACUGAUGGCCAAGUCAAGGCUAGAAGCCGGACACAGUUUGACGAAACGAUAGAUAUUUCCCCACCCACCCCCGAGAGAAGGUGAUAAGGACGCUAAUAAAAUUCAGAAUUUAGCCAACGUUUAGCUCACGUUUGUGGUUUGGAGUGGGGGGGGGGAAAAACAACGUGAA